CUUCUCAUUUAAUGACUUCUGUGUCUUACUAUAUUAUCUUGUAUUGUAGAAGAUGAUACUUCUAGUAACCCACAAUUCCAACUACUUGGCAAGGAAUUCUGGGCCCUCUUCAUUUAAAAAAAUACAGUUAAAAAUGUGUUGUGGGCCCCUAGAAUCAUUACCACCUUUCACCCCAUUAGCUACGGCCCUGUUUGUAAUCACAGGUGUGCGAGUGGAAAGAUCCCGAUCAGCUGAGAACUCUUCUGGACCUGGAGCUCCGAGAACAUGGAGAAUCUCACCAGCAGUUACUGCAAAGGGUCCAAGAUGUGGCGAGAUACAGCGUUAAAACCUGUAUGUUGGAUUUAUUCUUUGCUCAGAAAGUUCUGAUGCCCCACGCUGACGGACAGCAAAACGAUGAACUUUGAGACCCCCCACACCACACCAAAGACUGCAUCCUAGUACCAGCUCUGUUCCCAAUCCUGGUCCUGUGGGCCCCCAACAAUGCACAAUUAGUUUUGGGGUACACCCAAUUCAGGUCAUGGAGCUUGAAUCAGGUCAUCCUCAUUUCUUCAACCAGCUGUUUGCUGGGGUGGACUACCAUGCCCUGACCGGACGAUUGCUCACUGAAACUCUGAACACCAGCCAGUACACCUAUGAAGUGGCUCCGGUGUUUGUCCUAAUGGAGGAGGAAGUGCUUUGUAAACUACGUGCUCUGGUUGGAUGGCCAAAAGGAGAUGGUAUAUUCUGUCCUGGAGGUUCUAUGUCCAACAUGUAUGCCAUGAAUGUUGCACGAUACUGGGCCUUCCCCCAAGUGAAGACAAAAGGCCUGUGGGCCGUACCGCGACUGGCCAUAUUUACUUCACAGCAGAGUCAUUACUCCAUGAAAAAGGCAGCUGCUUUUCUUGGUAUUGGAACGGAUAAUGUUUUCCUUGUACAAGUGGAUGAGAGAGGCAGCAUGAUACCAGAAGAACUGGAAGCAAAAAUUUUGCAGGCAAAAUCCCAAGAUGCUGUCCCAUUCUUUGUCAAUGCCACAGCGGGCACGACAGUGCAGGGUGCCUUUGAUCCCCUCAACCGUAUCGCUGACAUAAGUGAAAGAAACGGCAUGUGGAUGCAUGUUGACGCCGCUUGGGGAGGAAGUGUGCUGUUUUCCAAAAAACACAAGCAUCUGGUUUCAGGGAUAGAAAGAGCCAACUCUGUGACUUGGAACCCCCACAAAAUGCUUCUAGCUGGCCUGCAGUGCAGUGUGGUUUUGUUACGAGAUACCACGAAUUUGCUGAUGCGCUGUCACAGUGCCAACGCAACUUACUUGUUCCAACAAGACAAGUUUUAUGAUACAAGUCUGGACACGGGAGACAAGUCUAUACAGUGUGGGCGUAAGGUUGACUGUUUGAAACUCUGGUUGAUGUGGAAGGCAAUAGGAACACAUGGCCUUGCAGAACGUGUGGAAAAGGCUUUUGCCCUUGCAAGGUAUUUAGUUGAAAAAAUGGAGAAACGAGAGAAUUUUCAGCUGGUCUGUAAGGGGCAGUUUGUGAAUGUUUGCUUCUGGUUUAUACCACCAAGUCUGAGAGGAAAAGAGAACAGUGCGGAUUACCAGGAAAGCUUAUCAAAGGUAGCGCCAGUGAUCAAAGAGAGAAUGAUUAAACAUGGGACAAUGAUGGUGGGUUACCAGCCCAUGGAUGGACAAGUCAACUUCUUCCGUAUGGUUGUUGUUUCACCUCAGCUGACCACCAAUGACAUGGAUUUCUUUCUUGAUGAGAUAGAGAGACUAGGAAUGGACCUGUAAUUAGUUUGUCUUCUCACCACAAUAUAGGCUAUAUCCAAUCACAUCACCCCUCUCACCAUCCCAUUGUACUUUUAUGUCCAAUUUUCAAAUGAGCUUAUUUUUUAAAGGUAACAAAAGCUCUCUGAAUUAACAUUUUGACUUAGCAGCACACAAUACUUACUACAAUGAUAAUGCCAGCAAGAAAAUAGGCAUCCACAGAGGUCAAUUCAUCCUUAUUUUUAAUGAGAUAUGUAGGGAAGGAACAAACAGUAUUUUCUUGAUAGAUUAUAGAGUGCUACCUCUUGUACUUCUAAUUUAUGCAUACUCUGCUAAAUGUUAAUGUCUGUAUAUGUUGUGAAGAGGUUGAUAAAGUGAAUGAAUCUAAUAGAUUCUGGCCUAAAUAAGUAUGAAAGAAACUUUAAAGGUGCUAUAAGUAAUUUCAAUCGACUGUUUUGCUAAAUUCUGACAGAUUUAGCCACUGGAUUAGUUCACUCCCAUCCCUUCAACACCUGUUAAAGGAACAGUUCACCCAAAAAUGAAAAUUCUCAUCAUUUACUCACCCUCAUGUCAUUCCAGAUGAGUAUGACUAUCUUUCUACUGCAGAACACAAAUGAAUAUUUUUAGAAGAAUAUCGCAACUCUUUAUGUCCAUAAAAUGUAGGUGACCAAAACUUUGAAGCCCCAAAAAGCACACAAAGGCAGCAUGAAAGUAAUCCAUAAGACUCCAGUGAUUAAAUCCAUGUCUUCAGAAAUGAUCCAAUUGGUUUUGGGUGAGAACAGACUAAAAUAUAACUCCUUUUUCACUGUACAACUUGCAUUGCAGUCUCUAGCCACGAUCAUGGUUUCUAGCUUGAUUACUCUUCCUAGUGCUUGAAGCAUGUGCAGAGUGCUAAAUGGCGCUAGGAAGUGUAAUCGAGCUUGAAAUCAAGAUUGCCAAGGAGACCGCUGAUGUCAAGGUUUAUAGUGAAAAAAAUAGUUCUAUUUUUGUCUGUUCUUACCUAAAAUCGAUUGGAUCACUUUGAAGAUUUAAACACUGGAGUCGUAUGAAUUACUUUCAUGUUGCUUUCAUGUGUUUUUUGGAGCUUCAAAGUUUUGGUUCCCUAUUCACUUGCAUUGUGAGGACCUACACAGCUGAAAUAUUCUUCUAAAAAUAUUUGCGUUCUGCAGAUGAAAGAAAGUCAUACACAUCUGGGGGGCUGUGGUGGCUAAAUGAGGGGCAGUGGUGGCUCAGCGGUUAAGGCUCUGGGUUACUGACCAGAAGGUUGGGCACCGCCAAGAUGCCACUGUUGGGCCCUUGAGCAAGGCCCUUGACCCUAUCUGCUCCAGGGGCACCAUAUCAUGGCUAACCCUGCACUCUGACCCCAGCUUAGCUGGGAUAUGUGAAAACAAAUACAUUUCACUGUAUAUAUGCAAAAAAUGUAUGUAUAAUGUGUGACCAAAAUAAAGGCUUCUAUUCUUCUCUAAA